AUGGUGGAUUUUGACAAUCUGUUGGAACAUGGUUUCAAAACAAAGGAUGCAAUGUUGGUUCAAGGGCGUGAAGUGGUUGUAACUGAAAAGAUGAUAAGGAAGCUUUAUAGUCUUGAUGAUUCUGAAGGAAUCACAUGUGCUCUCCCUGGUAGAGUUGAUUGGGAUAAGGUUGAUAAAGAAUUAUCUACUUCUUCUGGAACUGCAUCUCAUCAAACUACUUCGUUGAAGCCUUUCUACAGAGUUUGGGCUAAGAUUAUUUUGGGAUCCCUUUAUCAUAGAAAGCGAUCUCUUGCCUCAACGAAAAUGCGUACACUAGGACCAGACGGGAGACCACAUACCCGCCGCCGCCUCGACGAAGCUGGUUCCUCUAACCCACCACCGCAGCCACCACAGCCAGUUGGAUAUCCUGGUGGACCAUCAGAUUUAUCUUUACUUGUUCGAUAUCAAGACCAUGUUGCUCGCCGGUUAUGGUACGGAGAGGAAAGAGGCUCUAAAAAGGAGCUUAAAGUCGCUGGGCACGGGACGAAGCUCCAGGAGAGAGUGCCUCAGCUGCUCCCACCUGAGAUUGAGGCUAUCGUGACUGGGUCAGGUCUGGCUUCUCUUCAGAGAAUUAGCCUGACCAAGAUAGACGUUAAUCUCGUAUCAGCAUUUGUGGAGAGGUGGCAUGUUGAGACUUCGUCAUUUCACAUGCCAUUUGGUGAAAUGACGAUUACUUUAGAUGAUGUUGCGUCCCUGCUCCAUUUUCCUAUCAAUGGUAUGUUCUGGUAUCCUGAUGAGCAUGUCACAGAGCAGGUGGCUGUUGAUCUUGGCUGCGAGUUAUUGGGAGUGGAUAGACAUGCCAUGGCUAUACAUGUGCGUUCUUGUAGGGGAGCUUAUUACUCACUGCAGUGGCUGUAUGACAGAUUCGUGCAGCACCGUGCUGCUGGUAGUUGGACUUACGCGACCAGGGCAUAUCUCAUGAUGUUGGUAGGUUCUACCAUUUUUGCGGAUAAGACAUUUACCCUGGUUGAGGCCCGAUAUUUGCUAUUGUUUAGAGAUCUACGUGGGCUUGGUUCAUACAGUUGGGCAUCAGCGGCACUGGCCACUCUUUAUCGCCACCUUGGGGAUGCUUCUAUGUUUAGUUGCAAGCAGCUCGGUGGAUAUCCUACUCUGCUACAGUGUUGGAUACAUGAGUACUUUCCUACUCUGGGAAGGAAAGGAGAAAACUGGCGGUCAGACAACCUAGGGCUUCCGAGGGCGAUGAGAUGGUUCUACAGACAGGGGGCCAUCAAGGUGGAUGCAUAUAGACCGAUAUUGGAUCAGCUGACACCUACAGACGUCAUAUGGCGUCCAUUCGAGGAUCAUCGACCUCAUAUUGCUUUUAACGAGCUAUCUUUAUACAGAGGUUUCCUUGUUUGGGGUGAGAUACAUGUGCCGUACUUACCCGAUAGGUGUCUUCGCCAGUUUGGUAUUCGCCAGUAUAUCCCGCCUGCACCUCCUGCUGAUACGCUCAGCAACGAUGAGAUUGCUGUGGAGUGGAUUGGUUAUCACCAGAGCGUGACAGAUGUGAUUAGAGGUACGGAGGCGGUGGGAUACCCUCAUGAGACGGUGGAUGGAUAUUUAGAGUGGUAUUACCGUGUGUCUCAUCCUCAGGUUGUGCCGCCCCCAUCUAGUAAGCGUAGAGAGGUUCCAGUUCCUGUCUUUGAUGCAGGACCAGCUGAUCCAGAUUGGGCUCGUGCCUCCACACUGAUUCACCGUUAUCUCCGGCAGGUAGAGGCCGACGAGGAUGAUGUCGCGUAUGCUGACUUAUUUGAGGUGUUGCGCAUCGCCGAUGAGCAUUGA